AUGAGGAAAGGUGCAAAAAGCAAGAAUCAAGCACCAGCAACUCCCAAUGAAGUUCAGGGUACAGGGGCCAGACCUUUGCUGGAAGGUGAAGCCAAUUUUGGGACCCUCAAGAACUCCAUCACUGAUAUGCUUGGAGCUGUGAAAAGCAUGUCGCUGCAGCUCGAUGAAACUUCAUCUACUGUGAAAGGUCUUGUAGUUAUAAACAGCAAGAAUGCAGAUAUGUCCAUUGGAAAAUCUACUAAAGCUGAGCCAGUUAUGUCUGUAAAUUCUAAGCGAGAUGUUGUUGGGGAGUUCCAUAAGUUGAAACAGACAACUACUGUGGCAAAUUACCAGGGGAAGUUUGAGGCAUUGAGAGACUUGAUGGUGAAAAUGAAUUAUGGACUCUCAGAAGGUUAUUUGAUUGCCAACUUCCUGAGUGGACUCAAGUCAGAAAUCAAACUUUCAAUUGCGAAUCACAAACCGGAGACUCUUUACCAUGCUUUCAACCUUGCACAUGCCCAGGAGACAGCACUCAAAGAGAUGAAAGAUGAAGGGAUGGAAGACAAAUUGAUCAAGACAAACUAA